UGUUACUUAAAAUACGCUACCAGCGUAUUUAAUAUAAAAGGCCAAACAUUUGCGUGACGCCUUUUUCGUGCUUUCACUUUAAAUUUUUUUGCCAAUGACGACUCAAAGGGACUGCAGCUUCCUGACACCCGUUAACCACGCGCCGUGCAGGAUCAGCCGGGACCUGGUUCAGUCUGCAGCCGUCUGAAGACCUGCGCGACCCGCUCGGACUGCAGACCAAUGGCGCUGGCUUUACUCUCAGGACGUUUGCUGAAGCGCAGAGCCGACGGUCGGACAGCCAUGACGGCCUUUCAGCGCUGCUGCAGGUCACAACGACCCAGAGGUGCCAACUGUGAAAGUGAAGUACAGAAACACAGCACCAAACACCAGUACACCUCUGGAUCCAGGCAAAAUGGCUAACAAUGCACAAAACUCGUCAGUGGCCUCGGGCAGGCAGCACGUUAACGGAGUGGAUCUGUACUACGAGCAGGUGGGCAGAGGGAAACACGGCGUGCUGCUGCUUCCUGGCGCUCUGGGCAGCACCCGGACCGACUUUGGACCUCAGCUGAAGUCUCUGAAUAAGGAACGCUUCACUGUGGUGGGCUGGGAUCCUCGGGGUUACGGACAGUCCCGUCCCCCAGGCAGGGACUUCCCUCCAGACUUCUUUGAGAGGGACGCAAAGGAUGCAGUGGAUCUGAUGAAGGCUUUGGGCUUCGGCAGGUUCUCUCUGCUGGGGUGGAGUGACGGAGGAAUCACAGCUCUGAUUGCAGCAGCGAAGAACCCCGACCUGAUCAGGAAGAUGGUCGUAUGGGGAUCCAACGCCUUUGUCUCCCAGCACGACCUCCAACUUUAUGACGCGGUCCGUGAUGUCUCCAAGUGGAGUGCGAGGAUGAGGCAGCCCAUGGAGGAGAUGUAUGGAGCAGAAGUCUUUGCUAAAACGUGGGAGGCCUGGGUGGAUGGGAUCGCACAGUUUGCAAAGAGAGCAGAAGGGAGUAUCUGCAUGGAGCUUCUGCCUCUAAUCAGCUGUCCAACCCUCAUCGUCCAUGGAGAGAAAGACCCUAUGGUGCCCAGCAUCCACCCUCAGUGCCUCCUCAAGCACAUCAAGGGAUCAAAGUUACACCUGAUGCCAGAGGGCAAACACAACCUCCACCUGCGGUUCGCUGAUGAAUUCAACAAAUUGGUGGAAGACUUUCUGGAAGAUUGAGCCAUUAAUUAACACGGAGAAGAACCGGGUUAUUAGUAUGUUAGAUAGAUGGAAUAGAUAUUCACACUGUGAAGACCUCUUUUAAUUUUGUUAAUUAUGUAACUUGUAUUUUAACUGGUAUAUAUUUCACUAUAAAAUUCCAAUGCUUGUUUUUUGUAAUUAAAAUUUCCUAUUAAGCAAA